AUGGCCCGCACCAGACGCACUUCCCGCAAGAGUGCUAUCCCCCAGUAUCGUCCUCUGGAGCCCGUGCAAGAGGUCGAAGCUCCUCCUUACUUUCUCUACCACCCGAGCGAUGACUCUAAGGAGGAUCCACUUUCACUGGAGGAGGAGCCUGAGCCAAAGUUUGAAGACGUGGAGAAUGCCCAUGAUGAGCCAACGCCUGCACCUACUCUAGCUCCAGCUCCAGUGCCUGCACCUACUCUAGCUCCAGCUCCAGCUCCAGCACCUGCACCGAGGCCUGAUCCAGAGGAUGACCCGGAUAAUGCUCGAGUUGGGGAGGAGGACGCGCCAGAGCCACCAAGAGACAACAACCGGGAGUUUAUGAGCCAUAGGCCCCCAACAUUCUCCCACUCUGCUGACCCGCUUUUGGCUGAUGACCUACUGAAGGCGGUGGAGAAAAUACUUACUAUCACUCAAUGCACGAACAGGGAGAGGGUCUUGUAUGCCUCAGGACGUCUGGAAGGAUCUGCUGCAAACUGGUGGGAUGCUUACACCACCGCUCAUGCUGAUGUUGAUGCUAUCACCUGGCUGGAAUUUAAGAACAGCUUUAGGACUCACCACAUUACUUCUGGUCUUAUGAAGCUUAAGAAGAAGGAGUUCCUUACUCUCAAGUAG